AUGGCCACCCAGUACUUUCCAUCCUCUUUGGGCUCUGUUAGGAACGAAUCUAGCUGGACAUUGCAAGUCAUCAGUGACAUGGGAUGCAUAGUUGCACAGCUCCCAGCCCAUUACUAUGAGCACCUACAAGCAUUCUUCUGGAGAGAAAAGGUGAUAAGGCUGGUACUCCAGUUCCAGGAGGAGCUCGAGGUUCAAGACCUGCUCAAGGUUAAUCUAACCUUGAUACUCAUUUAUAUGGACAGGGUCUUCACUCAGAUGGUCAGGGAAGCCAAAUCAACCAAGAGGGAUGCUUGUGUGCCUGACUGGUGCAGCCCUACAUUUGACAAUUACAUUCUGAUUGAAUAUCAUGUGGAGCAUCAUGAACCAGAGAUGACUGGCAUGAACAUGAGGACACCCUCGGCUGAGAUCUGGUAUGGAAGUUCCACUCAGUUCAAGAUGGAGGAGAAGGACAAGACUCUGGAGGUUGAAUUUUAUGAUCCCAUCAUGGAGGAGGAUCCUGAUUUUGGAUACACAUAUAAAGAGCACUUGGAGGAGGCAGGGGAAGUGAAACCCCUCAAGAGGCACAUGCUGGGGCCCAGAGUAUUCAAGCAGGUGAAUAAGAAGGGGCCUGUGCUGCCUGACAAUGAGGAAGUUUAG